AUGUGGAAGACCCAGAAGCUGGCAUUGCUGCCAAAACCUGGAACGCCGCCGGGGAAUCCGGCCUCGUAUAGACCGAUAUGCCUGAUAGAUGCAGUAGGGAAGCUCCUGGAGAGGAUCAUCCUCAACAGGUUGACGAAGUGUAUGGAGGGUGCAGUACUCGAAAGUGCUGAGAAAGCGUCCAAACAGAAGCGAAGAGGAGAUCGAUACUGCGUAGUGGUUACGAUAGACGUGAAGAAUGCGUUCAACAGCGCCAGUUUUGAAGCUAUUGCCGCAGCGCUGCACAGAAUACGGAUUCCCGGCUAUCUGUGUCACAUUCUAAAGCAUGGCGAGGUAAACUUCCACCUGACGCAGUUCCUGUCGAGCCACGGAUGCUUCAGGAAGUAUCUGCAUCGGUUCGGGCAUGUCAACUCACCGUUCUGUCCGAACUGUGAGAACGUCGAAGAGACGCCGGAGCACGUGGUCUUCGUAUGUCCAAGGUUUGAGGCACUACGAAGGGAAAUAACCGGCUUAAGCUUGGAGAACGUUGUUGAAGAAAUGUGUCGAGAGGAAAGCACUUGGAAUGCGGUCGACAGGGUAGUAUCGCGCAUAUCAUCUGUUUUGCAAAAGAAAUGGCGCAACGACCAAAGAGAAUCGGUACCGGGAGAAAUUCUUUUGUCGGGGAACUCUCCGUCGGUGUAG